AGAAGCACCGUGUAUAAAGUAGCAGUUAGAAGCUACUUAGCUGGAUUUUGCAGCAGCUACGGAAUUAAAUCGAUAAUGCAAGACAUACUAACGACUCUAUAAUGAUGUGACAGCUAGCCGUUUAUACGUGGUGUUGAGGAGCAGUACAUGUCCCGUCUGCUGGAGGUGGUAGAGGGCAGGCGGAGGGUCUGAACUCUGUGGUCGGCUGUCGCUAAACGGAAUGGAGACCUGGACCCCCAAUCCCCGAGCCAAGCCAUUCAUCCCCCGCCAACAAAGAAGCUUGUAUCUCACCUGGAAAUACAAGCUAACCAAUAAAAGGACGAUUCGUAGGUUCUGUCAGGCUGGUGCUGUGUUGUUUCUGCUGAUAACUGUCAUAGUCAACAUUAAGCUUAUCUUGGACACUAGAAGAGUAGCUAAUGAAGAUGCAGCAGCUCAAGAAUACGAGGAUGCGAUCCCCAACAUGGAGACGCCACGCAGGCCGGCCAAUGGACGCAAGGUCUUGGACAUUGAGGUGUACUCCAGUCGCUCCAAGGUCUAUGUGGCAGUCGAUGGCACCACUGUGCUGGAGGAUGAUAUGCGAGAGCAAGGCAGAGGCAUCCAUGUGAUAGUUCUCAACCAGGCAACUGGUCAUGUGAUGGCAAAGAGGAUAUUUGACACCUAUUCACCCCAUGAGGAUGAAGCCAUGAUCCUCUUCCUCAACAUGGUGACCCGGGGUCGUAUCCUAAUUUUUACCAUAAAGGAUGAGGGCACAUUCCACUUGAAGGAUGCUGCUAAGAACUUGCUAAAGAGUCUGGGCAGCCAGGUGUCCCUCAACCUCAGCUGGAGAGACAUGUGGACUCUGGUGGUGAAGAAAGGAGGUCAGGUAUAUGGAGAGAAGCACUCAAAGUCUCCAGCUUUGUCCACCUGGGGAGACCCUGUGUUGCUGAAGACAGAAGUGCAGCUCACUGCCUCUGAAGAGGCAGAGUGCCACUGGGCAGACACCGAGCUGAACAGGAGGAGGAAACUCUUCUGCAGCAAAGUGGAAGGAUAUGGAAGUAUCUGUAGUUGCAAAGACCCGGCACCCAUUGAGUUCAACCCUGACCCGCUCCCCAACAAUAAAGUCUUCAAUGUACCAGUCGCCGUCAUCGCAGGGAACAGACCCAACUAUCUCUACCGGAUGCUGAGGUCACUUCUUUCAGCUCAUGGUGUGAACCCGCAGAUGAUCACUGUCUUUAUUGAUGGAUAUUAUGAGGAGCCAAUGGAUGUUGUAGAGCUGUUUGGACUUAAGGGAGUUCAGCACACCCCAAUCAGCAUCAAGAAUGCCAGAGUGUCCCAGCACUACAAGGCGAGUCUGACUGCAACCUUCAACCUUCACCCUGAUGCUGGUUCUGCGAUUGUACUUGAAGAAGACCUGGAUAUUUCCAUUGACUUCUUCAGCUUCCUGAGUCAGACCAUCGAACUUUUGGAUGAGGAUGACAGUCUGUACUGUAUCUCAGCCUGGAACGACCAGGGCUAUGAGCACACAGCAGAGGAUCCGGCACUUCUCUACAGGGUGGAGAGUAUGCCUGGUCUGGGUUGGGUGCUGAAGAAGAGCCUCUACAAAGAUGAACUGGAACCAAAGUGGCCAACACCUGAGAAGCUGUGGGACUGGGACAUGUGGAUGCGAAUGCCGGAACAGAGGAAAGGCAGAGAAUGCAUCAUCCCUGAUGUGUCCCGCUCCUACCACUUUGGUAUCAUCGGCCUCAAUAUGAACGGCUAUUUCCAUGAAGUGUAUUUCAAGAAACACAAGUUCAACACUGUUCCCAAUGUGCAGCUGAAGAAUGUUGACAGCUUGAAGAAAGAUGCUUAUGAAGCUGAGAUCCAAAACCUGCUCAAAGAGGCCGAGGUGCUGGACCACACUAAAAACCCAUGUGAGGAUUCUUUCCUGCCAGACUAUGAGGGGAGAAUCUAUGUCAUGUUCAUUAAGAUGGAAACUGAGACAGACACAUCUACUUGGACAGAGCUCGCCAAGUGCCUGCAUGUUUGGGACCUGGAUGUACGGGGAUACCACAGAGGCCUGUGGCGGCUCUUCAGAAAAAGAAAUCAUGUCUUGGUUGUGGCUGUGCCCAUCUCCCCAUACUCUGUCAAGAAACCAGCCAGUGUCACUCCAAUUCACUUAGAGGCUCCUCCCAAGGAAGAGGGAGCACCGGUGGAACAAAUCUAGACCUGGUGUUACAUUUACAGACACAAACAUUUCAACCAGCCCGGGCCUUAACACUUUGUUUAUUCUCUCCAACAACAACGAUAAUAAUCCAGCCUGGGGCCAACUGCUGUCAGCCUGACUCCUAGAUGUGUGUACAAGAGAAUACUCUGGGACUUUACAACCUAAACGAUGAGUGACUGUCAACAGCUGUCCUUUCCAUUUCUGUGACAACUGUGGGUUGAUCCAUGGCGAAUUUUGAUUUCACGUUUUUGACAAAAAUGGUACAACUGAUGCACUCUCAACAUAAUUUAGUCCGUUUUUGUAUUUUUUCACUACUGAAUGCGCUAUCCAUCUUGUAUAUAUCUUUUAACUUAUCUCUAUUUAUUUUACAUCAAUUAGCCAGGUUUUAGUGGUUUGUUUGCUUUUUUCAAAAGAAAAUCCACUCAUCGAGAUCAGUGCUUUUUUUAAGAGCCUAAUGUUUACAGAUAAUGAAAUAUUAAUGUACAUACAUGUCUAUAUAUUUUUUAAUGAAAAUUUAAAGGGUCUGCAUAUUUUUCAGAGUCAGAUACAGAGUGAAAAAGCCCUGUGGGUUUUUACUGUUAUUGACUGCUUGGGUCAGUUGCCUCAGAUAAGUUUUAAUGAGGGAAUGUGAAUGGUGCCUGAGAGACAGAGAGCUAAGAAAUUUUUACAGUUUUAAUCAAGUACAUUGUAAAAACGGUAGCUAAGAAACACAUAAUGUGUACUCUGAUCCCAGUGACUGAUUAUAGUAGAUAGUGCAAACAGAACAAAACGGAAAGAGCUUCUGGCUGGACAUUUACUAGAGCUGGGUAUUGUACAUGGACAAAAUGUUUUUUUUUGGGGGGGGGGGGUUGUUGUCAAAAGGAGGAAAGUAAAGUAACCUUUUCUGCACUUUUUGGUUAUAUUUAGGCAAAGUUUACAGACAAUCUUGCAUCCAUCCCGAAAUAAACACAUAUUACACUCAGCUUUAUUAUAGAUUCUAAAGAAAAUUAAACAUUAUUGUCAUGGUCAAAGGUCUCACAAGUCUCUACGGUACAACUGGAUGAAGAUAGAUGACUUGAGAAGCGUGGAAACAUCCCUUAAGCUUUUUAUCAUGUGCCAGUACAGUGACAACAGAAGACUAUAUCUCUAGAAUCAGUUGCCUCUGUAAACUAUGCUCAUUACACAAUUAAGAACAUUUGAAACCUAGGCCUGCACUCAGCCAACAAAAGAAUAGUGCAAAAUUCAAAACUCUUCUUUUGUGUUGCUUAAUUAUUUACCUUUUUUUGUUUUAAAAAGUGUGCUUUUAUUUAAUUUUUUUUAAUUAUUAUUAUAUAUUUUUUUAGGUCUUGCAAGUGGAAUGCUGCCUACAGGUUUUAAUGCACGUAUGUGUUAAUACUAUGUGUUUUUUAGUUGACUUGAUUUCUUGGUGUGCGUAUCAGUUUUCAUGUCUCAACCACAGUUGAAGCCAAAGGCUUGCCCAGCUUUCAUCUUCAGUACGUAGAGAUCAGCGAGGAAAAUUUGUUUCAACAGAACAGAAAAAUCCUCAUCUCAGUUCUGCCGAGUUACUGCUUGCCAGAAGUACCCUUCUGUGUUUUAUUACUUGAAGCAACUGCUGUGAUUGAUCAGAUAUUAUCAGCAUGAACUCGUAAUUGUUACACAUCUUUUUUAUUUGUUUUGUUGUCUCAUUGUACUGCCCUCCAUUUCAGAGUGGUGGAAAGGUUGAUAGGUUUGUUUUAGCAUUGUCAGACAGAUUUAUUGCCUUAAGAUGAAACUGUGAAAAUUUGCUCAGAACCUGAGCGUUUUUCAAAAUACAAGUUGUUCUCUCGUAAUCAUGCGAUACAAAAUACUUACUGAUGAAAGCAAUGUAUACGAUGUUUAUCAGAAAGAGAUUGGUAAGCAUAAUCACUUUUAAACCAUGAGUCAUAUUUAUUUUAUCAGUCUUUAGCAUUCAAGAUCAGUGUGUUAACGCAUACAGAGAUGAAAAAUUUAUUACAACCUAUUAAUUGUGUUUGUAUCCGUCAACAGCUAUAACUCCUAUAAAACAUGUUAUAAGUGCUUUACAGAUAAUGGAUAUUUGAACUGAUUCUAACAUAGCUACAAACAGCUAUUUUGAGUGUGUCUGUUCAUACACGUUGGCGAGCAUUUGUGAUUUUUUUACUACACCAAUAAUGGCUGCUGCAUACAAAAAGGUGUAGUUGAUUUCAAAUAGGCAUUUGCAUAUUGCGUGUUUAUAUCAGAUUAAAAGUACGAUUGUUUUACUUAUAAAUUAUUUACCAGUCAUUGAUAUACUGAUUAUUAAUGCUAAUUAUGAUAGAUUCAAAUAAAGUGCUCCCAAAAUAUGAAUAAAGAUCUUUUCAGCAUCGGUAUCAGUUGAUUUGUAACCAUGUCAAACUAAAAGAGAAGUGCUGUUAUCUCAAGCAAAAACGCUGCAGUCCAGUUCCUUUCAGAUCAGGCAACACCGUACCAACUGCAUGAAUGUGUGUGUAAAUCACAUAAUAAUGUUGCUCAAUUAGUAUCUGCAGUCUUUUGAUUUUAAGGUGUGUACUUGUGUAUUGAGGCCUACCACAUGUUUAGUAUUUGCAGUCAGACAGUGCUAUCAGACGGAAACACUACAUACAGAAGCAUUGCAGCAUGUGUUGUGACUGAAUUCCAAUUCAUUAAUGUACCACAGGAUUGAAAAAAAUGAUGAAGGAAAAUCUACCAACUUUUUAACCUAAACUUUAUUUUUUGUCAUUUCACUUUACAGUGGCACACUUGCUUCUCUGAGUUUAGAAAAAAAAAAUAAAUUACCUGAAACUAUUGUUCCCUCAGCAAUACGGUUUGCUUUGUCCAAAGCUGUGAUAUAAACUGGAAAAGUGGAACGUACUUUGUAUGACUGACAGUAAGGAUUCUGUGACGUAUUGUAAGUUUUAGAUAUGAUUUGACAGGAAUGAAUUCCUUUAUCUUGGAAAUUAAUAAAGAUAUUUUUUACUGA